AUUAUACAAAUAAAACAACGUUUGAUUUGCCGUUGCUAUGUUUUUAUGUUUAGUUUGAUAAAUGAUAAACAUAAUCUGCCAUUCAUAUCUGCGUUAUGAGGACAACGUGCAAUUAUUUACACAUAAGUGGUUCGCUUAUCAAUCCCAUGAUUGAUGUGGGGGCGAUAUUGUUAAUUUCCCCCUUUACAAAUCACCCCUACAGGAAUAUUGGGCAUAUUGGGCAUCUACGUGGAUCUUUUAUACGCCUUAACACCGUCAAUAUGUUGCCAGCAUAUUGGUUAUGAUAUAAAGAAUUCAAAUAACGAAUAGUAUUCAGUCAUUUAUAAGACUUCUUUUAUCGUUACAUUAUAUUAUUUAUUUGCCCCGUGUUUAUGAAUUUAAUUAGCUAAAUUCAUUGCGCACAAAAAUAGAAAAGCAAAUCAAGAAAAAUGUCAGGUUUGCAAAUAAUGUUACCAAAGAAUCCAUGGAACCAACCCAUGGAAGACUACCUUCCUAUGGAACUCGAAGGAUCACGAAACAGUUUUUUAAGAACAGCCACCAAGGAAUCGAAUAAAAGCGGGACCAACCAUAUUAUAUAUCAUCAAGCGUUCCUCAAUUAUGAUUUGGUCAUCCAGAAGAUUCCAAGUGGUAUGAGGGAUUAUCGAGCUCCAUUCAACGUCAAAAUUAAACCUGUCGCCUGGGCAGCAGCCUUUAACCAGCGGGACAUUGAAUCCACCACAAGAUGUCUUUGGAAGGCCAUCGUUCAUUCAGAAUGCCGUCGGAUCAUUAUUGCCGAUAGAAUUGCAAGAAGUAACAUUGUCAAACUUUUUGAACACGCCGUAUCAUUCAUGAUGGCCAAGUUUCAGCCUACAUCACACGUAAAUCCGUGGUCAUUUCCGUCUAGUUUCGACGAAAUCGUCCGCCAGGUCCCUUACCCGGACGAUGAUCUGACCUUCAUUGUUCGUGCAGUACUACGCGAGUUCGAUCCACGCCAUGACCAGGACGCGCCUGCUAGAUCAAACAUGGGUAUGAUUGUCAUUGAUAACAUCGAUACUGAUAGUACCAACGGCGGAUUUUGGGAUGAAGACGAAAGUUCGGAAGCCAGCGCUGAAUUUAUCGACAACUCAAAAAUGGAGCUUCACUACGAAGACAUAUUUAAGAAAAUGGUGAACAAAAAUUCCGAGCUGGUAACAGAACUCAGGUUGGAUACCGCACAAAUAGCUGCUGCGUUGACGAGGCGCACAAUAUGUCAGGAUACGAAUCAAAUUGUGGAUACCAUCCAAUUUCGAGACGACAUUUGGAAGGAGGCGUUUAAAAGUUGUUCCGAAUCUAUUGGAAGGGUAGCAGCAAAAUUAUCAGGCAGUAUAGUAAGGUUACCAUUCCUAAACGAGACAGACCCUGCCGAUGUCGAAAUGAUGGGGUCCCCUGGUUGGCUAGGAUCUAUCUUCCCUACUGAGAUGCUGGCAAUUUAUCGUGCCUCCAAAUUCAUACACAAUAGAAAAACCAUCGCGUUGGGAUACGAAGAAAUGUUUGAUUCCCAAAUACCCGAGCACAAUGAAUAUCCCACAAUCAGAGAAUGUGAAGAUAUCGACAAAGAAAUUCUGCUAAGUUUGCGAAAUAUUCCUAGUGGGCUACAUCACGUACAAAUUGGGCUUCCUGAAGCAUUCCGUUCCACGUGGUUGUACCGAAGGGACAGAAGUUUGUUGUACCCGGGCGAAGAUUUUUUGGAGGAAAUUCCUUCCUCCAAAGGAAAGGAAUAUUUACAUCGGCGCUUUGGCCAUAUAGCAAAACCAUCAAAUUCUCCAAAACCUAGAACGGUUUCAAGAAAACAUGAAGAAAGUUAUACAUUUACUGUCAAAAAAUUGCAGCUGGACAAGAAUCUGCUCGACGUGUAUAAACAUAAGGAAAAUGUUAACGGCAUUGAACCAAUAUUGCUAAAGGAGCUCGCAAAGGAUUCGACUUGUGUAUCUCUGAAUAUUGAAAUCCGUUGGGGGGAAUCAAAACAAAACAGAAUCCAUGCUUUCUCUGUAGCCACGUGGAAUACUGCAAAGAAAGUUUAUUCUAAAAAUGGACCUAUCCGUAUGGGAACAAAUCUACUUCAUGCGAUCUUUGAAGUGGACGAACUGCGCAACUAUACACCAUCCGGAAGAAAAAGCGCAUUUACAAGCGGAAAACUGGACGAAAACAGGCAGUGGCAAAUCAUUGAUGUCAUCCAUUACUUUUUGGCACAUGGUGUAUGCUUUGAUCCUUGGACACCAGACCUAGAGAAAAAGAUACGAAAAGCAGUCAUUACCGAGGGGACGCAUGCAAUAAGGGCAGAACUUAAGAGAAACAAAGAUGGGCAGUCAACUUAUCAAAACUUGCAAGACUACCCAUUGGUGACACCCAUGGAUACGUCGUCGGACAUUUCAACAUUUGAUACGAAGGAACCUACAAAUUUUUCGGACCACGAAAAACCAGAGGAUGAUGACAUGAUCGACGUAAUUAAAUUCGAUCAGGACGUUAAGAAUUGGGGUACUAGACUACAUCACAAAAUCAACCGUUUACAGAAUCACAUUAUAUCACAAGCAAGAACACGCAAGGGGCAAGUAGUGAGCGAGCUAGCUUUCGUAGAGCCUUCAAUAAACAAGGAAACGGAAGCAUACGUCAACGACAUCGUCGAGUAUUUGAACUGUUCCAGAGAGGAGCCAGAUAUAUUCCACAAGUUACUUGGCUCAUUAGACAGGUUCGCUUUGGAAACCAGCAAAUUUGAGGUCAGCGACCGUUACAUCAUGAACAAAUUGGCGGAAUCAGACGUGUCUUGCUACCUCAGCAAUAAAGAUGGACGCGAGAAGGCCCAGAUAGUGAUAAGAUGGAAAAAAGAGUGAGUUCCAACUCAUCAAGUGGAAUAUGACAUCACACAUACACAAAUACUUCAAGCAUCAAUCUAGAUCAUAUAAAAUUCCAGAGACGAUAAGCGUAUUAUUGCAAUAUCAUAUUUGCAAGUUUCGUCCAAAUGUAGAGUAUGUAGUAGUGUACGUAAUAAAUUUUAAUAUGUAAAUAUAUACUUAAAUAUCACCACAUUCAGUCCGACUAUGGCUACCUUAUCAUGUUAGUUUGUGAUAUCGCUGUGAUAAUAAAAUAGUGAUUAGCUUAUGUCUACUUUUCGCUAUUGACUCCGUUCCUCCAUUAUCUGCAGAGCUGUCUUCUGAAGCAUAUACAUAGGACAACGUUCUAUGUAGUAACUUUGCUAAAAGUUGUUACCACACCUAUAUACGUACAUAUUAAAACAAAUUUUUAAUCUAUGUAUUAAACGACAGGAAAUAAUAAUUCCAAUAAGAAAUGUGUUCAUACUACUGAUUAUAAUCGUCAUUAGAUUAAGCGGUCGAUAAUGCAUAACUUCAUCACUGUUGGAAAUUAAAUUUAAGGUGAACACACUCGCCCACAAGUUUUUGUCAGUAUAUGAAACUGUCAACUCGCAAUAUCCAGUCAAAAUACGGCUACUUCGAACACAAUGUUAAAAUUUAAAAAUCAACAGGUCAAAUGCAGCACUCGCUAUGAGCUAAUUCCAGAUGGCGGUCGGUACCAGUGGGAUCGCUUAUUUUCAGAGCACCACAUCCCUCCAAGAUGUGCUACUAGUGUGAUCAUCGUGGAUCCCCACAUCUACAAGGAUUAUCACUUCCAUAGUCUUGCGGAAUGUAUUCAAGCCGUUCUCCCCAAUUGUAAGUCGAAGUACUGUGAGUUCAUUUUAAGGACCUGCGAUAAGGAGGAAUGGGAGUUUGACAAUUGCACUACGUAUUAUCCUUCGUCGUUGCCGACCUACCUAACCUUUACUGAGUUAUACAAAGCCAUAUUUGCCAAGUGUUUUGACCGCCCGGAGAAUAAACUCCUCGAAGGAAUGGAGAUAGACGUUCAGAUCGGACCAUCAGGAUCCCUGCACGAUAGAUCAAUUACAAUUAUUGCGCCGUCAGAUGCGAAAUCAAAAAUUUUUCGGUUCGAUCUUGGCCGAGGCCUAGAUAUAUUUCUCAAGUGUUCCUGUGAAAAUGUUAACUCCCGGCGGAGGAAUGGGAUCGGGAAUAAUUGCUACAACAAAAUAAGUGACAAGGAAUAUAAACGUGACACGCAUCCAGCAGAGCAUUAUCUAGAUUGCCGAUUUAAUGAGCCCAAAGAUUUUUCCACAGUACUGGACGUUCAUCCAACCCGUCGAAGUCAGAUCACUUGUGUCACCUUCGAGUUUCCAAGUAAGGAUCUGUGCCAGGAUGGAAAGAAAAUAUUGAGCGAUCACACGCUACCAACAAAACCGAUAACCUUAGCAAACGCUAAUAAAAUGAAUGAACUGAUUGUUCGGUUUGGAGAAGUAUCAAUGUUUUAACCUCAUUUUGGAAUUCCAUAUAUAUUUCUGACAAGAAUUAAAAAGUGAAGACAUGCAUAUUAUUAUUUGGAAAUUAAUAGUGUCAAGGUUAUUAAUUGUUGUCGUCCAACUAUAAUUUGAAAACUUCUUAUUUAUUAGAAUUGUUAGAUAAAUCAAGACAGUUUGGAAUCACCUACCAUUAAAUUUUUUUAACCCACAUUGCAGAAGAUAAAUUCACCGGCGUUAAACGUAUUGUUUUUUUUAUUUAAAUAUUUCAUAUUGUUUUAGGAUUUGAUGACUUAAUAAAUUAAUAUGCUAUUUAA